GUGUAAUCUUCGGCUGCUCGGCCGCUCUCGGCUAUUUUCGUUGUUGCUGGCUUUUUCAGGGGCUGCUCGCUCGCAGCCAGAGAAGCUGCUUUUUUUUCCGGGUUCGGAGCCGUUCCGGAUGCUUUAGGCUGCCGGAUGUCUGAUCUCCGAAUAACUGAGGCGUUUCUGUACAUGGAUUAUCUGAUCUUGAAAACAACAAAAAUGGAUGAUUAUGAAGAAAUGAUGGAGAUGAAGCAUCAAGAUCUCACAGGCUCAUUGAUGUGUUUUAGAGCACUUUGCUGCAAGGGACCACCACCCGCACGACCUGAGUAUGACCUGGUUUGCAUAGGCCUCACAGGUUCUGGCAAGACCAGUCUGUUGUCAAAGCUCUGCAGUGAAAGUCCCGAGAACGUCGUGUCGACCACAGGUUUCAGUAUAAAAGCAGUGCCCUUCCAGAAUGCCAUCUUGAAUGUAAAGGAACUUGGAGGGGCUGAUAAUAUCCGGAAAUAUUGGAGCCGCUACUACCAAGGAUCUCAAGGGGUAAUAUUUGUAUUAGACAGUGCCUCUUCAGAAGAUGAUUUAGAAACUGCUAGGAAUGAACUGCACUCAGCUCUCCAGCACCCACAGUUAUGCACUUUACCCUUUUUAAUAUUGGCCAAUCAUCAAGACAAGCCAGCUGCUCGAUCAGUCCAAGAGCUGCAAUUAGGUUUUUCACACUGUCCCCAUCUGUGGAGGCUGGCUGCUCAGUGACCUUGGCCAGUGCAAAAUCUGUUGAAGCCCGUGUGUGGAGGGAACUCAGAGCACAGAUGGUAGCACUGAUGAUGGGGAACCGUCGUGACUGGUGCCUGGGCUGAUCGUAACCAACCCAUCCCGCCCGCAGUAUGAUUUUAAGAGAGGUGUCCUGCAACCUACAAGACUCGGGUGAAAACUGGCUCCGCGUCGGCACAGAUGUCCCGACAAAGAUGAGAAGCAUCGGUGGCAUUCUUGGAGGGAGGUCUUUUCUUUAUCAUUAUCGUAGCCAAUGUGUAGCUUUUAUUUUCUAACCAGCUACCACUUUCCCCCACUUUCCCCUUCUACUCCUCUAGAGUUUAGCAGGAGGUUCUGAACACAAGUGCACCAGAAAAGCACAGAGGCCUGUAAGAAUUCCAGGUUUCCCAGUCUGAAUGCUGCAGCUUGGGUCUGGUUUUGAAAACAGAGUAUGCAUUUGAAAAAAAAAAAAAAAAAAAAACCUGAUUUGGACUAAACUGUAACUGUUAAUGUACCCUGCUUGAGCUCACCUGUCAAUUUGGAAUCUUUGGGGCAUGAUUGGCAGUUCUUCUUCGCAAUUUUGAAAUGUUCAAGUUCUCUUCUACGAGCUGCUGACCAUUUUUUAUGAUUAAAACAUUGGUGUGUGUGUGUGUGUGUGUGUGUGUGUGUAUGUAAAGAUAGUUGUAUGUUUUAACUUACAUAUACAUAUACAAUCAUACAACUAAUUUUUAGGUGGAGAAUUAGCAUUGCUAUCGCUAGUCCCACCACCAUCUAUUUUUGACUUUUCCUUAUUUUGAAUCAAUAAACAUUUCCCAAAUUACUAGAUUCAUCCAAAUUCAAAGGACUUAAUUUUUUUUUUUACUUGCAGUAAUUUUGUGAAUGUCAUGUUAUUUCAGAGGCCCAUGAUUCUUUUAAAAAUUAUGUAUUACUACUGAGGCACCUGGUGGCUCAGUCAGUUUAGCGUCUGACAUGAUCUCAUGUUUUGUGGGGUUCAAGCCCCAUGUCGGAGUCUCUGCUGUCAGCCCAGAGCCCACGUGGGGUACUCUGUCUCCAUUUCCCUCUGCCCCUCCCCCGCUGGCGCAUACACCCUCUCUCCAAAAAUAAACGUUAAAAAAAUUAUGUAUUAAUACAACAUUUUGGAAAUAACAGUAACAACAGCAGUAGUAAUUACAGCAAAUAUAUACCAAGCCUGUACAUGGUGCUGUUCUAACAGCCUUACUUGGCUCACGUUUCUAACAACCAGACGAGGUGAGCACCAUUACUGGUCUGACUUGACAGAUGAGGGUGGCAAGUCGCCUAAAGUCACAGAGCUAGGAAGUGGCAAAGCCUAGCUAGAAACCAGGGUGUGUGGCUCCAGGACCCGUUUCCCUAAUUACUGUCUCCAACAGUACCAAUAUUAACAUAUCAACCUUAAAAAGAGCCUGUCCAGGAUGUCAUAACAAUGAAAUGGCCUGAUCCUGAUAAGUAUUUCUAUUUUUUAUACUUGGGAAAUUGCGAUUAAGAUCAGUAUACCUCAGGAUCUCCUGUCUGUUUAGGCUAAUGCCCCCGUCUGACAAUUUGAUGUCUCUUACAGGAUUUAUCUCACCUGGCCUCCCUGUUGAAGUCACUCUGUAGAACUGGGACCAAUGUCAUAUAGUCAGUCGUUCAUUCUUCUAGCAGCUUACAAAUUAGACACGCAGAACCGGACAAAAGACAUAGUCUGUUUCCUCAAGAAUUUCCCUUAGAAUGGCCCACAUGGUCAUGGCUGAUCUUCCAUAAUUGUUGGGCAAAUUGACUUCUGGAGACUAUUUUGGAGGUGUGUGGAAUUGUCCCUACUGAUUUAUUGACUUGUAAUUUUCUGUUUCUCAGCGUCGGUGUAAUCGAACCCACUAGUUGCAUCUUCCCUCUAGCUGCCCAACAUCUAAAACUUCUUGUUUUGUUUCACUUCAUACAUUUCCCAUACUCUACCUCCACUCUUGUUUCCUCUGCAAUUUGGUAAAAUGGAAAGAAAAUAGUUGGAGAUGUCCUUGGUUCAGGCCCUAACUCUACCCCUUUUUUAGCCAUGUGACAGUAGGCGAGUUCUCUGAGCCAUCAUCUCCUCCACGAGGCCCACACUGAAGAUAGAAUCAGGAAACAGUGUCAAGACAUGGUCUUGGCCCUUGGAAUGCUGACAUUUUAGUGGAAGAUGUAGAUACAUAAACAUUACAAGCAAACGAUGAAGUUUUACAGAGGUGGCCUGUGCCACGUGUUCUAAGAGCUUAGAGGUGGGUAAUAAGUUUUGGUGAGUGAAUGAAUGUAUGAGUAAAAGUUGAGAAAAGGAACUGAAGUAUGCAAGACUUCUUGUCAGGAGAUUUGUCACAACCCUGGCUAGCACAGAGAGUGAUUUUAUAAAUGUUCAUUUAUUCACGUAGUAUUGAUUGCCUCCUACCAUAUGGCAGACAAAGUGCAAUUUGCUACAGAUGACAAAGGCCAUGGUUCUUGCUCAAGGAAAAUAACCGAAUUGUCCAUUGCUCUGAAUAUUAAAUAAACACACACACACACACACACACACACACAAAACCACCUGCAUUUUUUCUGGUCAGAUGCUGUAGGAUAAACACUUGAUACACUGACGAGACCUUCCUGCUGUAUCAAUAAGUAUAUUUAAAUAGGUAGUAGCUUUGUACCUGUUUAUUUUAAAGUCUCCAUUUUGAUGUAAAUGAACUAAGAAGGUGAGUAUAUAAACAGCUUGCAGACGAACUCUCAUGCCUGCGAGCGAAAUGUAUAUACCUAGUUUUGUGAAAUCUUUCAUCAGAUCAUCUGUUAGUACAAGUAGUUUAGUUCGCAAAUAAUGCAUAGUUUUUAAGCAGGUGCUACACAAGUGUAAGUUUUAUGCUUCUAUUUUUUUGUCACAAUGAUGCAAAUACUGGAGAAAAUUGCCGGGAAGACUCUCUCUUCUCCUCUCUUCCUGAAAUGCAGUGUAAAUAGCAUAUAUUGUCAAAUCUUAGUAAUAAUAACAUUCAUGAAACAUGACUUCCUCAGAGGAGUGAGAAAAAUAUUUUGAUGUUUAGCAAAUGCUAUCCCAACAGUGGAAGGGAUGCCAAUUUCCUGUUAGAUGUUAAAUCAAUCAUUCUGACUGCAAGUAGUGAUUGAGCAAACAUGGCCAAAUUUUAAUCUAUAAGUUAUUUACGUCUAUUCUUUUUUGUUGUAGUUUUCAGGAAAUCUAAAUAUUUAAAAGGAAGCUGUUCACAGGUACCUGGGUGGCUCAGUUAGUUAAGCAUACUACUUUUGGUCUCGGCUGG